AUGAUGGGAAAACUCCCUCUUGGGGUUGUUUCUCCUUAUGUGAAGAUGAGUUCAGGGGGAUGCUCUGACCCUCUGAAGUUUUAUGCUACCAGCUACUGCACAUCAUAUGGUCGUGAGGAGUUCAAGCCCCGAAUGGGAAGCCAUACAGGCACAGGCUACAAAUCCAACUAUCGGACCCUGGUCUCCUACCAACCCCGACUGGACACCAUGGAUAAUCCAGCCACAGGGGAACAACUCCAUGACACUUCCAAGUCUGUGACCAGUCAGAGCUACUGUCCCCUAGAAAUGCCUGAUGGCAAGCAACCAUUACCCUGGAACCUGUACCAGACCUCCUCUGGCUAUGGGCGAGAGAAGUUCAAUACUGUGCCACUCUCCAAGGAGGUUAGGAAGGUCCACUUCGAUACCCAGGAUCAUGGGCCUCAGACCAUCACAGGACUGGAGCCCAAGGAGGCUCCCCCGCUCCACCAGCAUCAGGGCAAGGGCUCUGUAGAGUGGGAGAACUCACACUAUGGCCCACGCUUCAUGACUUCUGAGUACAAUUCCAAGUAUAUCAAGGAGCCUCCAAACCAUCCAGAUCUCUUGCUCAAGAAGACAAUUGGCGCCAAAGAAGAGAGUGGCUUCACUGAAGAGUCUACCAAGAAUCCCAUUGUCUUCCAGCCGCCCUCACAGGCCUUUCCUGGAGACCCUGUCCUCCACCCAGGACGGAGUGUCACCAAGUCAGACUUCCUCCCUAUAAGUCACUCUCAGGGAAGUGAGUUUCUCCCUGUGCUGGCCAGAGGCUCUGAUCGGGACACAGGAUACAGCCGAGUGAAUGAAAGGGUCUUGAACCCCAGAAUGCCUGCUCCAAGCCCACAGUCUGCCAGCGUGACCCACAGGUCCUACCAGCCUCCCCAGAGGAUACAACAGACAAAUGUUGCCAUGCUUGGCAGAGAGUCUGUGGGGAACAAGGAGCCCACAGGGUUCACUAUUAACAACCCGAGCUAUGUCCGGAACACCCAUGAACCUGACAGAGAUCAACGGUACCUGACUACCUACAACCAAGGGUACUUUGAGAACAUCCCCAAGGGGCUGGACCGCGAAGGCUGGACUCGAGGUGGCAUCCAGCCCCAGAAACCAGUAGGCUACGCUCUCAAUGAGCCAGUCACCCGCAUGGACUCCACCCCCAACCCUACGGAGACCCUGCGGCAACUGCACCCCCAUGUGGGAAGGACCUUGGCUUCAAUUGACCCCUUCUAUCGAGACACACCUCAUAGCAACCGCUACAUGGCUCCCAGCUGAGUCUUGAAGGGUUUACCAUGAUGGGACAAUCUGCUUUCCCCAUGCUCCCCAAGAUCCCCCAGUUACUUUCCUAAGGAAAUAAAGGACACUGAAUCAGCA